AUAACGCAACAACAUUACAUGGACCUCAAAAACCACAUUGGUAAUUGUUAUUAAUUAAGGAGUUUGUUUUUGAGCUGUGUUUUUCAUUUAGACCUUCAAGUUACUUAAAAAUCAUAGAAUCAAAGUAACUUAUGCAUAUAUGUGACUAGCUUAAUUUAACCAAAAUAAAUGCCAAAGUAAGUUAUAACAUCAAAAGCAAAAUCUCAUUUUAAUAAUAAAUGAUUUUGCCUAAACAAUUUUGUUCAUCAUCAAAGUAAUUUUUUAAAAGCUUCAUGUGAAGUGUAAAAUAAUUGCUCAAUGGAAAGUUGAUAGCGUUACAGAUAAUUUUUCAAAGAAAUAUAAUUGUAAAGGCAUAAAAUGAUUCGAAUUCGAAUUUUCGUGGAAUUCAUAUUUUCGAAACCGACUCUUUAUUUUCUUGUAUUUAUCUAUAUUUCAGCAUGGAAAGCUAAAACAUUUUAACAUUAUUUUUCGUUUAUUUACCUAGUUGCAACUCGGGGUUUCCCAGUUUUUCACAAACGGGAAACCACAAUUCCCCCAUGCCCACUAAAUGCUGGUCUAUACACAUUUAUAAAUAAUGUCUAUACGAAUUUUUCUAGCAUUUUUGUUACUAAACGGUUUGAUUGAAAAAAAAAAUACCUAUGCAAAAAUCUUUUCUAAAACAGUUUCCAAAAUAAUUCAGCUAAUUGAUAACCUAAACAAAAAACAUCAAACAAAGGCAGCAGGAAUCUAGACUCAAAUUCCAGGUAAACCUCCCGGGCGCGCGAUCAAUAGUUCCCGCCUAUCCCGACGCGCACCACGCAUGCGCGGCGGCCAUCUUCCUCAGUCCCGGUGCGACGGGAUACACAUUGCAACAGUAAAAACAAAAUAUUGACACGGUGCGCGCUAAAUAUUACACAAAAUGGGUAAAAUUAAUUCUGACAGGGACCCUGAAGUUUCAGAAGACAUGGUGGAAUCAAUAGACGAGUUAAAAGAAAGACUCUCAGUCAUGAAGAAGAUGAUGGAAGAAAGGAAAGCGGCUGGCACUGGCACCAAGGAGUUGUUCCAAGGCCAGGCUUCCAGUCUUCAAGGAACCACCAUGAUUGAUGGCAACUUCCUCAGUUUUGUCUUCGGAGGGUCCCUUUUUGUGAUCAUCAGUGUGUCAGUAUAUGCCUUCUACAAUUUAUACCACGCGGUCCUUAAGAAAUUUCCCUCGACCCACACGGAGUUGUAAUUUGAACUCUAUUGAAACGCAACAAGGUUCAUUUGUGAUUCUCGUAAAUUGUGUGAGAACGGACAAUAUGUUUUCUUAGUUCGGAAUGAUUAAAGUGUGAGUAACUUUU